AUGGAACAUUGGCCUGCGGAUGAACGACAUAAAUCAUUGCCUGUGAAGAAGCAGGCCCGGGGAAGGGGAAACAAAAGGCUCCAGGUUUACGACACUCAGUAUUGGAAUCGUCCUUUCCUCGAUUAUGGCUCUUUUGGUAGAGCGACCCUCGUGUCAUCCGAUGGACGGUUAGCUUGGACCACUGUUGUCGAUACAUCAAAUGCUCGAAGAGUGACACCAGUUGAAGUAGGGCGUUGUAUCUUUCCUGCCACUCGACCUGUGAAUCCGACGCUAAGUCGUCUUGCGCAGUGGAGGCGAAUUGAGGAAGGACUCAACUUCGUUAGAACAUGUUUCCCGGACGCUGAUUUCCCUGCGGAGCUCAUCAAGGCGGAAUUCCAGUCCGACGAACGACAAAAGCGAGAGUUGCAAGCCUACGAUCCUUUGAGAGGCAAUCUCAUUAGCAUUGUACCAUCUUCCAGCACCCCUCAAACAUCACUGAUUCUCUUUCCGGUGGGAGAAGCCAGCAACGAAUUGAAUAUUUCAUUUGUAUCCGCUACUAAUUUCGACUCGACUUUCCACGCGCCUGGGCACGCUGCGUCCAAGUUCGAGACACCCAUUCUCCAGAUCUCAACUCCAAAUGCAUCAAAUUCACCUCUGAAGCGUGGUACCAAUCUUGUUUUGGUUAGAACACUCUCCGCAACAUCCCUAUUGAGCAUCGAAUUGGCGGAUGAAGGCACCGACUUCAAGGCCACAAGGGAGGUGGACAUAUUAUCUGAUGACGCAGGAGGCAGGAGCGUAGUAGAUGCUGCAUUUUCACCCCGUGACUCGGAUAUCAUUGCUGUGAACACCUCUGGAGCACUUUACAACUGCAGUAUAUAUCGAGGAGCAAAAGCUGUACGGCGCAUAGGGCUUAACCAAGUUCGUUUUGAGAACACACAUGGGGACCAAUUUUGGAGGCUUCGCCCAUCUGACCAAGGCUACUUUCUUGCGUCAAGUAGCUGCAUUCAACAUCUUGAUUUCAGGUCGAGCCAGCCUACUGUCGAUCUGUUUUCCACUGAUCAAUUAGGCUCUGUUGUGACAUCUUUUGACUGGUUAGAGCGAGAACAUCUCCUCACCGUUUCGACAACCUCGGAGCUCCUAUGGUUGGAUAAUCGGUACCCCAAGAAGAUGCUUCUGAGCUUUAAGCACAACCGAGCGCAUGAUAGGUCGCUUAAUGUUAGAGUUGUACAGUUUGAUAGUGGCCCUCUAACUUUCCUAAGUUCGCUUAAAAACGGACUCAUCACCAUUUAUGACGUGUCUCGAGGAAAUGACAAUCUGAUCCACUGUCACUCCAUUCCAACAUCUUUACCUCACGACGAAGAUAUGGGUGCGUCUGGGUCGGAAAGUACAUUUUUUGUCCAGCCCGAUAGGACCACCUUUUCACUCUUGCGGCUCUCUGGACAAGGCAGUCUCCACUGCCAAGACUUUGCUGUAUGUCGCAAUGGCAUGGACGUACUUCCAAGACAGACUAGUGGUACUAGCCACGAAUGGUCCGCCGAUGUGCAGAAACUAGCUCAAAGAGCAAGGGAGCUUCAACCUCAGUACGGGCCACUGAGUGCAAGGCAUUUCUCAGAGUUAAACUUACGAACUGCGUAUCAGAAAAUCUUCGUUAUGGGAGGUGUUACGGAACAAGCUGCUUCUGAGGGCGAACUUGCCAUGAUGAUAGACAAGUUGUCUCAGUUUUGGGAAACGACAAAUAACCCUGACAAGGCAAUGUUAACCUUGUAUGAUGUCUGCCUUAGCGCUGACGAAGAGCCAGGCGAGGCUUCACGAACGAAUUUUUUUGCUGGCAGGAUCAUCAACUCAAAUCAUGGGUACAAAAUGUUUAAAAUUACGAGUGGUGCAGCAUGGUCUUGCGAUUUUAAGCUGUUUCUCUACCGUAUGGGGCUUGGUCGUGUGGACCACUGGCAGGAGAUGCAUAAUGCCCUGGAGGCCUUCAGUUUGUCUUACUCGAACGAUGUCACUGGGUCAUUCGCACAACAAGAGGAAGAGUCACGAGAACAGCUCAUCCUCGAUUUGACCCUUUCCAGUAUGGUAUUUUCAGCUCAACCAGUUUCCAUGCCCGCUGCUCCGAUCCAGGUUGACGAUGUGGAGAGUAUGUCUCUUGCCGCAAAAUCUCUGACACUUGACGACGAACUUCCCGAGAUUCAGUUUGGCUACCUGCGUCCAUAUUCCAAGCUUUGUAUCAACCAUUACCCUAAUGCUUCCAGGGACAAGGAUGCCGUUGCGGAGCCUGCACAGGAUGCGGAUUUCUCCAGUCCGCUGGGUGUACGAUUGUUGUUGAGGGAGUGGGGGGUUGGAACAGAGGUUGAGUCCUAUACGUAUCAUGAUCCAUACAACACAGAAGGAAACGAUCCUAUUGGUCCUUCCCGAGAACGGACACUCCCCACCGCACCGGUUGCUACGCAAACGACGACUACAACAUCACAGCGCCCUCCGCUGAUUGUUGCAGGUCCGGCACCCAGCCUCAAGGAUUAUCCUGAACCUUCUCAACCCUCCCAAGAGUUGAUGACGAGUACCCAAGUGUUACCUGGACCAUAUGGCGGUCGAAAUGCCCCGAAUAAGAAGCUCGUGAAGAAGAGGCUGGCAUUUCCAUUGGUUUCUCGGAUCAUGGUGGACAAUGGUGUUAUGUGUAGACGCGUCACUGGCAGAGGCACGAAACUGGACUUUUCGUCUGGUCCAGCGAGAAGAGUUAUGGACGGAACAAGCCCGCCAAUAAAUCCCUGGUUCAACAGGGAUAGUUUCAACGACGUUCUGAAGCGAAAUAAGCCGGUGGUUUGCGCUCUCUCAGCUAGCUACAUUUCAACCUUUGUUGGAUAUCCAUUGGAUUCUUUGAAGUCGAGACUACAGACCACCAAGACAAGGAUGCCAGUACUCAAGCUUGCUGGUAUCGUCUAUCGGGAAGAAGGAGUAACCGGCUUCUAUAGAGGUCUCUGGAUACCACUUGUCACGAUUUCGUUUGUCCGCGCUGCUUCAUUCACAAUAUACAGUGGGACAAAAGAAUACUGUCGUAAAAACAACUAUUUUACAGGUGAUAGAGCUUCUGAUGCUGCUCUCGCGGGCGGUCUCAGUGGUGCCUUGUCUGGAUCAUUGAUUUCAUUUACUAGUGCACCUUUCGAACUUGUCAAGGUUCGAAGGCAAUUGGAAUACAGCAUAGCCGCAACUAAAGGCGUACAAAUGGUUAAACCCCCAAAUACUAUCGACGCUGUCCGAGAAAUCUUUCGAACUCACGGGCUGUCCGGGCUCUGGAUAGGGUUCCGUCUCCACUUUGUGCGAGAUACAGCUGGCACUGCUUUAUACUUUUUCGAAUAUGAUGCUAUGCGACAUCUAUUAGGCCGCCAGCGCUCAGGAGAGCAGGGACCAACGCCGGCAUGGUUACCGAUACCCACAUCCUUGAUUCCCUUCGUCUGUGGUUCGCUAGCCGGCGUGUCUUCAUGGGCAUUGAUAUAUCCCCUUGAUGUAGUAAAGACCAAAGUCCAGCAACGUGCUUUAGCUGGCACUCCUCCGAAAGGAGUAUGGGAAACCCUCCGUCGCCUCGUGCGCGGUCCGGAUCCUAAGGAUCCAAAGCCAGUCCUUGCUGGCAUAGCACGCAUAUAUCGCGGUCUUGGCGUCAGUGCAGUGCGGAGUAUCACGACGCACGGGCUCCUCUGGACGUUCUUCGAUAUCACGUCGCAUUAUAUCGAUCAUCUACCCUGA